AUGUCGUGGGAACUCUCUCGCCGCCGCAUUAUUCGCGCCGUCAACGGCAAAUAUCUCUACGGACGUCUUCCGCUACUUCACGCAGUCAUCUUCCUUAUCGAGAUGGCGCUUGUCGCCAGGCUGGUUGCCCGCUUCAAUCAAUACUACGAUGAACGUCCACUACUCACCAUGAUGGUGACCAACGCCAUCCUCGGUGGCAUCGCCGACACGACCGCCCAGACGAUCACCGCCCUGCGCCAGAAGGCCAUCCGCAAGCCCGGAGGAUUGGACAAGGACGACAAGUUCGCCAUCGAGAUCCACGAGCUCGACCGAAAGAACCCCUUCUCGGACAAGGACCUGAUCCCCAACUCGUCGCUGCUGCCGCCCCCGUUCGACUUUGAGCGUCUCACCCGCUUCAUGGCCUACGGUUUCGCCAUGGCGCCGCUGCAGUUCCGCUGGUUCAAGUUCCUGUCCACGACGUUCCCCAUCACCAAGACCAGCGCCUUCGUCCCCGCCAUGAAGCGAGUCGCCUUCGACCAGCUCAUCUUCGCGCCGUUCGGUCUGGUCUGUUUCUUCUCCGUCAUGACUGUCGCCGAGGGUGGCGGCCGCCGCGCUGUCUACCAGAAGCUUCGCGACAUGUACGUCCCGACGCUGAAGGCCAACUUCUUGGUGUGGCCCGCCGUUCAGAUCAUCAACUUCCGCCUCAUGCCGGUCCAGUUCCAGCUCCCCUUCGUCUCCACCAUCGGUAUCGCGUGGACUGCCUACCUCUCCCUCUCCAACUCGGCUUCCGACGUCGACAACCGCCCAGCGGCCAAUGAGGACGAUCACAUCCGUCUUAGCUAG